UUGACUGUGACCUCUGUGACUGACUGCCUUCCCUGCUUUUCCCAUCUCCAUCACCUUCUCGCCGAGCUCCUCCUCGAGCCCCUCCACCCCCGCUCGUUUGACCCUACCACCACCCUCCCGACAAAAAGCAAAAUGGGCUGCGUGCAGAGUGCCGGUGUUGACGAGGAGGCUAAGGCCCGCAACGAUGAGAUUGAGAACCAGCUGAAAAGGGACAGAAUGAUGGCUAAGAACGAGAUUAAGAUGUUGCUCCUUGGUGCUGGAGAGUCCGGCAAGUCGACGGUGCUCAAGCAGAUGAAACUCAUCCAUCUCGACGGAUACAACGCUCAAGAAAGGGAUGCCUACAAGGAAAUCAUUUUUUCCAACACUAUCCAGAGCAUGCGUGCCAUUCUUGAAGCAAUGCCCCAGCUCGACAUUUCUCUUAGUCCCCAGAACGACGCUCGCCGGUCUACAAUUCUGUCGCUUCCGCCACAAAUUGAAGCCGACGUGCUACCCCGCGAUGUUGCUGACGCAGUACGUGGUCUUUGGAGAGACCCUGGUGUAAAAGAGGCAGUUCGUCGCUCUCGCGAAUUCCAGCUCAAUGACAGUGCGGUCUAUUAUUUCAAUUCCAUCGACCGUAUGUCCUCGCCCGACUAUCUGCCAACCGACCAGGAUAUCCUGCGUUCCCGUGUCAAGACGACCGGUAUCACUGAGACAACUUUCAAAGUCGGGGAACUGACGUACAAGCUUUUCGAUGUUGGCGGGCAACGUUCGGAACGCAAGAAAUGGAUUCACUGCUUCGAAAACGUCACGGCGCUCGUCUUCCUUGUUUCCCUCAGCGAGUAUGACCAGAUGCUGUACGAGGAUGAGAGCGUGAACCGUAUGCAAGAAGCGCUCACCUUGUUUGAUUCCAUUUGCAACUCGCGGUGGUUUGUCAAGACAAGCAUCAUCCUGUUCUUGAACAAGAUCGACUUGUUCGCAGAGAAGUUACCUAGGAGUCCUUUGGGCGAUUAUUUCCCUGAUUACAAUGGCGGUGACAACUACGACGCGGCAUGCGACUACCUGCUGCAUCGUUUCGUGUCGUUGAAUCAAAGUGCAGCAACGAAGCAGAUCUACGCCCACUAUACUUGCGCCACGGAUACGCAACAGAUAAAAUUCGUCCUGAGCGCCAUUCAGGACAUUCUGUUGCAACUCCACCUACGUGAGUGCGGUCUGCUAUAG